AUGGAGAGGAAUUAUAGUAAAAGGUGUGUGAUUGUGCAGAUAGGGAACCUUAAGAAAGGGCUGAAUCCACUGUCCAUGUCUGAUCUCUUCUUUACUUCGCCUUACAUGUCGACAGCUCUCAAAACUGGCCUCAUUACUGGGAUCAUAGCUCUCGCUGAAGGAGUAGCUGUGGGAAGAAGCUUUGCGAUGUUCAAGAACUACAGCAUAGAUGGAAACAAAGAAAUGAUAGCGUUUGGAAUGAUGAACAUCGUUGGUUCCCUCACAUCUUGUUACCUCACAACUGGACAGUUUUCGAGAUCGGCGGUGAACUUCAACGCGGGUUGCAAGACCAUCGUGUCGAAUAUAGUGAUGGCAAUUGCGGUUAUGUUCAUACUGCUCUUCCUCACGCCUCUUUUCUACUACACACCACUCGUCGUCCUCUCCUCCAUCAUCAUGGUUGCAAUGCUAGGACUCAUUGACUACCAAGCUGCAAUUCAUCUCUGGAAAGUCGACAAAUUUGAUUUCCUCGUCUGCAUGAGCGCCUACUUUGGGGUAGUAUUCGGUAGUGUAGAGAUCGGACUUGUUAUCGCAGUAAGUAUAUACUUUAUUGCGGAAAUUACGUGGCUAUCAAUAGCAAGGUUGUUGCUAUUCGUGUCAAGGCCGAGGACUGCGGUGAAGGGAAACAUACCAAACAGCAUGAUUUAUAGGAACAAUGAGCAGUAUCCUUACUCAAGAACCGUUCCUGGUCUUCUCAUCUUAGAGAUUGAUGCUCCCAUCUACUUUGUCAACGCUGGUUACUUGCGUGAGAGAAUCACAAGGUGGGUCGAUGAAGAGGAAGAGAGGGUCAAAACAUCAGGAGAAAACAGUUUACAAUAUGUUAUACUCGAUAUGUCGGCUGUUGGCAAUAUCGACACGAGUGGUAUAAGCAUGAUGGAGGAAAUUAAGAAAAUCAUGGAUAGAAGAGAGUUAAAGUUCGCUUUCGCUACGUCAGGGGGAGAGGCUCUGCUCUCCAAUCCACUAAGCUUUCAUUGCAGAUAUGGAUCUUAUCUUGCGGUGAAGAAGAGCUCAGCACGAACAACCAUGUCACGCCUCUGCAACACAGCGCUCGCCGGAGAAUCACCGGAGAAGACGAUCACCCUCGUUACUCUCUCUGCUCUGAUCAACCUUCAAGAUCAGUACGUUAUGUUACUUCCGUUACAACUAAACUACGACGUCUUUAUAACAUAA